AUGUCCGGGUUUGACGGCUUCAACACCGACUUCUUCCAGACGAGCUACAGCAUCGACGACCAGGCGCAGCCCUACGGGUACAGCGGGAGGCCGUACAGCAAGCAGUAUGGAGGCUAUGAAUACUCUCAACAAAGUGGAUUUGUCCCUCCAGACAUGAUGCAGCAGCAGCAGCCUUACACAGGGCAGAUUUACCAACCAACACAGACUUACACUCCAGCUUCAGCACAGUCCUUUUAUGGAAGUAAUUUUGAGGAUGAGCCUCCUCUAUUAGAAGAAUUGGGGAUCAAUUUCGACCACAUCUGGCAGAAGACGCUAACAGUGCUACACCCGUUAAAAGUGGCAGAUGGCAGCAUCAUGAAUGAGACUGAUUUGGCUGGACCAAUGGUCUUCUGCCUAGCUUUUGGGGCCACGUUGUUACUGGCUGGUAAAAUUCAGUUUGGUUACGUGUAUGGAAUCAGUGCAAUCGGAUGUUUAGGGAUGUUUUGUCUCCUGAACUUAAUGAGCAUGACGGGUGUCUCGUUUGGCUGCGUUGCCAGCGUCCUUGGAUACUGCCUGCUUCCUAUGAUACUACUUUCCACUUUCGCAGUUGUAUUUUCGUUGCAGGGAAUGAUGGGGAUUAUUCUCACGGCUGGAAUCAUUGGCUGGUGCAGUUUUUCUGCUUCCAAAAUCUUCAUUUCUGCGUUAGCAAUGGAAGGACAGCAACUUCUAGUAGCAUACCCCUGUGCUUUAUUGUAUGGAGUCUUUGCUCUCAUUUCUGUGUUUUGAAUAGACUGUCCAAACUGUUGGACUCCAGUGGGCCAAAAUGAAAACAUCGACUUGGAACAUUGAGUUGGACCAGAAGCAGCUGUGAACAACUGUAUAGUGUUGCUCUCACAAAACGUAGACCUGUUUUGAAUCAUCUGGAACAAGGAAAACAAAUGUCUCGUGUUCACUUUUUUAGGACUUUGAAUACUGUUUUCAAUUGACCUGAGGUGUCGAUAGCUUUAAUGAGUGUUCAUGCUUAGCAAGUUCAAGUAAUUUCUUUCCCAUUCCUGUAUCUUUGGAAAAGUAACUUUUGUUUAUUUGAGGAUUGGGG